AUAAAAAAAUUACAAAGGAAAAUGGCAAAUUUCAGAGCAUUAUCCAAAUGCAUUCCCAAUGAAAAAACAUUCUUCAAAAGUGCAUGGAUUUUUAGGUGGUUCGUCUCUGCCACAAGGCCAUCUCACAAUGCUGCGAAGAUUGAUAAAGAGACAUGUGGAAAAGUGAUUGAAGCUGCAGAAUCAGUGAAAGAUGGUACACAAGAAGUGGUUCAAGAAGUGAAACGUGUUGGUAAAGUUGUGACUGAUAAAAUCGCUAAGACUGCUGGAACUGUGAUUGCCAAUGCAGCUAACAAGGGACUUGAGAAAGCUGCAGAGACAGCUGAUACUAAAAAGGGGAAAGAUGUUUGGGACACUGCUAAAGUUGCCACUGAAGUUUUCAAGGACAAACUGGACGAUAAAAAAGAGUAGUGUAGUGUAGGGUGAAAUUUUUUAACUAAUCUUUCGAGCGAGUUUUUGUUUUUACUUUCGAUUUAAUUAUUGAAUCAUUGACCUUGAUCGAGUAACAAUGAACUCAA